AGCCCCUCGUUCCGAGCUGCCUUCGCUGCCACAGUCAGCUCCCCGGGGCCACCUUCUCCUGCCCUGGCCUGGGGCUCUGUCCGAGGGCCCCUCGCCACUCUCCCGGAGCCAGGAGGACGAGCUGGAGGAGGAUGCCUGGGCCCGUCCUGCGCGGUCCCGGGUGAGGCCCGCCCGCGCGCCCGACGGCGCCAUGGAAAAGAGCGGGCACCAAUGCUGUUGCUGUCCCCCGCCGGCUCGCGCACGACUUGAGCCCCGCAGCGGGCAGCCCCCGGCCGCAGGUCCCCAAGUGAUGUUGUCGGUGCCUGGGAGCGUGGCGCGGGCCUGGGGCCACGUAGAGGAGCCCAGUGUCCAGUGAAGCAGCCGAGGACCCGCCGCCCGCGCCGCCGCCAUGGUUAUGUCCCAGGGUACCUACACGUUCCUAACGUGCUUCGCUGGUUUCUGGCUCAUCUGGGGGCUCAUCGUCUUACUGUGCUGCUUCUGCAGCUUCCUGCGCCGCCGCCUCAAACGGCGCCAGGAGGAGCGACUCCGUGAGCAGAAUCUACGCGCCCUGGAGCUGGAGCCCCUCGAGCUCGAGGGCAGCCUGGCUGGAAGCCCCCCAGGCCUCGCGCCGCCGCCACCACCUCACCGCGGCCGCCUUGAAGCGCCAGCGCACGCGCACCAGCACGUGCACGUGCACCCGAUGCUGCAUCACGGGCCCGCGCAGCCACACCCGCAUCCCCACGCACACCAUCACGCGCUGCCGCACCCGCCGCCGCCGCACCUCUCCGUGCCGCCGCGUCCCUGGAGCUACCCGCGCCAAGCGGAAUCGGACAUGUCCAAGCCACCGUGCUACGAAGAGGCAGUGCUGAUGGCUGAGCCGCCGCCGCCCUACAGCGAGGUGCUCACGGACACGCGCGGCCUCUAUCGCAAGAUCGUCACGCCCUUUCUGAGCCGCCGCGACAGCGCGGAGAAACAGGAGCAGCCGCCGCCCAGCUAUAAGCCGCUCUACCUGGACCGAGGCUACACGUCGGCGCUGCACCUGCCCAGCGCCCCACGGCCCGCGGCGCCCUGCCCUGCACUCUGCCUGCCGGCGGACCGCGGCCGCCGGGUCUUCCCCAGCUGGACCGACUCAGAGCUCAGCAGCCGCGAGCCGCUGGAACACGGAGCUUGGCGCCUGCCGGUCUCCAUCCCCUUGUUCGGGAGGACUACAGCCGUAUAGAGGGGCACCCGGCGACUCGGGUCCCACUAGCGGACUCCUGGCCUGACUGCGGGGCCUUUUAAA